CAGGAAUUUUGCAGAUCAGAUGCAAACAAAGAUUGAUGAAACAAACCGAUCACAAAGUGAAGUUAAAAAAAGUAUUUCUUUGACAAAUCGUCUCCUUAGCCAUACAAUCAUCAAUACGGGAGAAAUACCACAUAAAUGUAUGGAUUGUGAAAAGAGCUUUAAAAAAUCAGAGGAUCUCAUUUCCCUUAAAAAAACACGUUCAGAAGACAAACAAUAUACUUGCGUGGAAUGCAGAAAGACCUUCUCUUGUUAUGACUCUCUUAAAACACAUCAAAGGAAUCGCACAGGAGAACGACCUUAUAAAUGCAUGGAUUGUGGAAAGGCCUUUAAUUGUAGGAGUUAUCUUAAUUCCCACAAGAGGAUCCAUACAGGAGAGAAACCAUAUCAAUGUCUUGAAUGUGGAAAGAGUUUUAGGUGGAAAUGUGCUCUCACCACCCAUAAAAAGAUCCACACAGGAGAGAAGCCAUAUCAAUGUAUGGAGUGUGGAAGGACUUUUACUCGUAGCAGUAAUCUUAAUUCCCAUAAGAGGAUCCACACAGGAGAUAAACCAUACCAAUGUCUUGAAUGUGGAAAGAGUUUUAGGUGGAAUUGUGCUCUCACCUCCCAUAAAAGGAUCCACACUGGAGAGAAGCCAUAUAAAUGUAUGGAAUGUGGGAAAAGCUUUAGGAAGAAUGGUCAUCUGUCUUGUCAUAAAAGGAGCCAUACAGGGGAAAACCAUAUGGAUGCUUGGAGUGUGGAGAGACUUUUACUUUGAACAGUAGUCUUAAAAACCACAAGAUGAUCCACACAGGAGAGAAGCCAUAUAAAUGUAUGGAAUGUGG